AUGGACAUCGAGUGGCUUUUGGUAGUAACACGAACCAUGGGCAUCAACAUGGCCCUUGGCUGCAGUAAGACCAUGGGCCAAAACGUGGUCCCUACAGCACCUGUGGACAGCACCAUGGUCCUGCCCUCUCAGCCUCCCAGCACAGCAAGCAGUGUGGGCUGCAGCUUACAGAGGCUCCAUGCUGGAGGCCUGCUGGGAGGCCAUGGCUUUUCCCUCACCCAAGUCCUGUACAGGUACCUAGCAGCCACUGAGAAAGGAAGACAUUCCAAGCAAUACUGGGAAGGCAGAUUGAUAGCUGUGUUGUUAGCUUCUAAAGAAUUCUGUAACUCAGCUAAAGCAAAAAAUGGCUGGACUGCAGGUAUUUUCGCUGAGGAAGUGGCACCUGUGGUCAGCAAGUCUUGGCAAAGUUCUGCUAGGUUAGAGGAGCAUGAGCAGCUCACCUAUUCCUCCAUGAGGUCCAAGGCCCCAAGCGUCAUCGUCACGGGCCUCAAGCCCACCAUCACAUACAUAUUUCACAUCCGAGUGAGGAUGGUGACAGGCUACAGUGGCUACAGUCAGAAGUUUGAAUUUGAAACAGGAGAUGAAAGUAAGUUUCACUCAAAGAUGUGCUGCUCAAGUAAAAUGCUCAUUUAGGACUGUUCCAGUUGAUCUGAUAUUAGAAAGCCGGGUGGUCCGAUUUCUAACAGCCCUUCCAAAUUGGGUAUGUUUCCUAUACCCCCACACAUUCAUUCGAGUUACUCUUUAGAUGCUAAUCAAUAAAUACCUUCUGAAAUGC